UCACGUUACACAUCUUGUACUUGAGAGUUGAGACGAGGAUAAUAUCUUGGAGAUAAUCUACAAUUUCAACUCGCCAAAGACUCUAUAAAUUGAUUUAUCUUACGUGACAUGGGUAUUUGAUCCCUGGCGUAACGAUGUUCAUCUAGCUGCGGGAUACUCUGCUGUUACAUGUACUACUUCCAAUGCUUCUAAUGCAGAGAACUAAACCAUUACCUGCCGGCAAAAUGGAUACCCUGAGAACUCUUUCUGUUUGCCUUGUUUUUUUGCUUCCACUCCUGUCUUCUGCUCAAAAUGAUGCGUGCGAGCUAUCAGCGAGUCCUGCAGGCUGUGUAUGUUCAGGACCCAACGUGGUAUGUACAGGAUACUGGCCGACGUAUCGUGAGCUUCAUAGCGGGGAUAUCGACAGCAAAUUAGAGUCCCUGACGAUUACAAACACUACCAAGACAAAUCUCAUCAAAUGUGAAUCAGUAUUUGGUACAUUGACAAAUCUUAGGAAAUUGGAUUUGAGUAACAACCAAAUUAAUUUCACGAGACCGAGGUCAUUUAGUUCCAUUUGUUUUCCAAAUUUAGAGCAGUUAGUUUUAGAUGACAAUGCUCUUAGGCUGAGUGCUCACACAACGUUUAAGAGUCUUGAUAGGCUCCGGGAGCUACAUCUGAAUAAUGCGCUCUACCGGAACCAAAGCGUGUCAGAGCAGGUCACGCAUACAUUCAUCAAAUCAUCCAUGCCGAGUCUGGAAGAAAUCAUGCUCAAUGACAAUUUGCUCGGAGAUCUGAGUUCGAGUACCUUCAACUUCAACUUGUCAUCAGGUUCAAGUCCCUUGAGUAGAAUUCACCUACGUAAUAGCAGACUUGGCAUGAUCAACACUAACCUAUUUGAAGUUGAAACGCUCCCCAAUCUCUCGUUCAUUGACUUGAGCAUGAACAGCAUCACGGGCUUGCCGAUAGAGAACCUGGAAAGCUUUGACAAAUUUUCCAGCGCGCUUACGAUCAACUUGACCGGCAACCCUCUCACCUGCAAUUGCAACCUCAAAGACUUUGUUGUCUGGCUGCAGUCGAAUGACACCGAGGUGACCGUGGUUGAUCAAGAGAAGCUCAACUGCUCCAUGGACAGUAUCGUGCAUGGGGGUAAACGCAUCAUCGACCUGGACCCGAUGGAGCUGAAAUGCGGGCACAUCCAAAACACGGACAUGGAUGAACAGAUGAAGACUUCUUACAUCUUGCUGAUUGCCGUGCUGAGCAUCAUCGGUUUAUUAGCCCUCGUCAUUCUCUUCAUGAGACGAAAAGAGAUCAUCAAGCUGUGUAACCAGAUGAAGCAGGCUACCAAGGAAACCUUUGAUACACACCAUACAUCAUACGUCUACAGCGAUAUCACCCAAGCGAGACGAGAAACCCCGGAACACUCUGCAGUAGAUGUUUGAUAUGCUGCCCUCUGCAAGAUUAUUGUCCCUUUGGCUAAAUGGAAAGAGAGCAAGCCAGGAGCUCCUUCAGAGGUAUAUUGUAAGUAUGGAGCCACCUGAAGGAGAAUAACUUUGACACGAUUGUUCGCUCAACGUGUACCUGAGAAACAAGGGACGCUACCAAUGGAUAUUGCCUACAGUAGGUAUGAACUACAAGCAUAAUGACUUGAGGAGACAGCGUGAUAUCUAGUGGCGGCCAAAGGGAGGAUAGUCGUGGAUCGGACGUGGGGAAUAUUGAAUUCGAGAAAGGAUGAUAUCAUUAUAGAUUUUGUUGCACGUACCGAGAGGCACCCCAAAUGUUAUAUUCCCCUUCAUACACGGACCAUAUUAUUGAACUUAAUUCCUUAGGGUGUAUGAAACGUACAGUACAUACUAAGCAAUCAAUUCCACAUUCUGUAAAACAUUAUUAUUAGUGGCAGCAGUAAUUGUAAACCUAGGUGUAACGGUGUGGUGUGUAAUGUAAUUUCAAGGUUAUUUUUUUUAUUUCGGAAGGACCAAAGGGCUAUAGAAUAUUGAUUAGAUCAUACAAUAUAAAUGAUAUCUAAAGAUACUUUCGUAUACUAUCCUCAGAUAGUAUAACCCAUGGAAACAUAGUUUGGCAAUGAUGACAUUGUUACUGGAAAUUCAUAUUUAUUUGAAAACCAAUGAAAUUACAUGUAUCUAGUCCCCAAUGUGUAACUUGAGCUAAAUUUAGAUGCGUGUGGAAGGAAACUGUUCAGCUCUUCAAGAAGUCCAGUUCUUGUCUCAAGAAGUUGAAAGUUGAAAGUUGAAAGUCAUACAACCCUUGUGCCACCUGCUCUGUUGGCCAGUGCGUGCCAUGAGCGUAAGAGCUUUGGAUCAGCCCCUGGGCUUAAGGGGUUCAGCCAGCUUGACCCAAUCUGUGCGUGGAGGCUCUUCUGUUGGAUUCGUGCCAUUGAAGGUGUCCAUGAGAUUUGAGCCAUCGUAAAUGGAGUCCUCAGAACGACUCGAAAUUAAACCCUGAAUUUUUCUUCGUAGUGACCUUUGGUGAAUGCAAAGAGAGAGACGGCAUAUGUUAUCCUUUUGGAGUUCACGCUGUAGCAAAGCAUGAGUUAACACUCUUCUGGCUCCAGAUGAUAUAGUGGUAUGAACCUACGAUUCUGAGUGGUCAACGAUUGGGGUUUCUUGAACCGUCUCCCAUCGUGUUUUCCAUCAUUGACGGCCAUUGACCUAUAUGCUAUUUGUAAUUAAUAUGAAAUAUAUAUGUCAGUCAGUUCACAUAUUUGUGCUCAAUGAAUUAUGAAAGUACAUGUGCUGCACUUACUGUAGUUGCCUGCACAAGGUAAACCUGACGUGUCUGUUAUGAAUACUCAUUUGUGAUUGAAGCAAUUGGUUAUUUGAUAAUGCAGGCUUUAUUUUUUCUUUAGAUAUCUGUACGAAGGAGAAGCCGUUGAUGAUAAUGAUAAAGCCAUCAUCAGCUGACUCUCCUAAAAGCCAGAAAGGCAUAUGAUUUGAGUGAAUGCCCUUUUUGCGGUCAGUAGAUCAAGAAGGGUUUUUCUGGGUAUGUGAUUUAGAGUCAUGAAAAAUAACCUCAAAAAUUAAUUACCUCAUGCUGACGUCCAUACAUACUUGUUUUUACUGUACCGGUAUUUAACCAUCAACUAAUAAUGUUUUCCCAUUGUCAACAUACAUGUAGUAGACCUUCGUUUUAGAACAUGGUGAGGUGUAAGACUGCAGCAACAUUCGAUGCUGACAUGUAUUUGACAUGUGUAUGUUCAUUUUGUGGGGUACCGGUCCCUUUUCAACCAUGUACCUAUUACAAUACGUCAUCCUCAUUGCUUUGCUGAAGUAGCUUGUAUUUGAAAUGUAUCUGGCAAAUUACAUCUGUACAUCACCUAGUUUUAUGCUAUCCAACUGUUAUUUAUAACCAUAUAUGAUAUGAUAAAGAGGUUGAAACACGAUGUAUUCAGUAUUUACUUUGCUUUAAGAAUUGUCCAUCACUUAAGGCAGACAUCAAUGGAAGGCUAGUAUUUUCGUAAAGAAUAAUACUGAACCACUGCAUAUAUACGUGGAUGUACAGUAAACAAGGAA